AUGGUCGAAACGGUGCACCUGUCGAGCAUUCUUGUGGCUUUCGAUUACGACCAAGACGGGGUCAUUUCAGUUGGGGAUCUAAAUACGCUGUUCGGCAUGUUAGGAAUUGAUGCCACGGGAGAUGACUGUGAGAUGCUCCUCCAAACACUGCUGGAUUUCACAAAGUGGCAGGGAGACGUCUCUGGGAGAAGCGGUUUGUCUGGUCUGUCAGUUGACGGUUUGGAGAGAGUCAUGCGAGCAAGUGCUCAUACUGAAAUAGACCUGCGAAGCAAUCAGUGGGUACUUCAUUUUCUGAAGGGUGGAGAAGAAGAAGCGAGCGCAGCGACAAUUGGAAGAAUAGCCAACACUUUAUCAAUACCUUUAUCUGAGAAAGACUGUGUUGACACUAUGCGAAUGUGGGGCGCUUUGGUGAGCCAUUUCAAAUACAGCCGUGAUAAAUUCCGUACAUUUGGGUACGUGCCUCAGCCGCCUCUGGAACUAAUUCACAACCUGCCACUGCAAGAGCCAACAAUUGACGAUAAAGAGUUAUUGCUCAUUCUUAAGAACAUAAUGCCGUAA